CGUGGACUUUUUACUGAAUUCCAGAUCCGCCAAACAAAUCCUUAAAAGAGAAGAGAGAACAAAGAAGAAAGAAAGAAAGAAAGAAAGAAAGAAAGAAACCUUUUUUUAUGUUUGGAUAGACAGAAAAAGUUGUUAACCGCUCGCCUGCAGGCCACAACUGUAACACGUUUCUGUUUCUUCAUCCAAUGGCUGAUAAUGGACCCCGCCACCCCUCGCCGCCGGUUUCUUCUUCUCUUCCUCCGUCAUCGUCUAAAUUCUCUUCCACUUCUUCUGCCCGCCCAACUACCAUCUCUCUCCCGCCUCGCUCAUUCAACGAUACGCUCUUCACCUCUGGCCUCGGUAUGGGCUUCAGCCCUGGCCCCAUGACUCUUGUCUCUAGUUUCUUCUCCGAUUCCGAUGACUUCAAAUCUUUCUCCCAGCUCCUCGCCGGUGCCAUGGUCUCUCCCGCUGCCAAUACCAACAACAACAACAAACUUCUCGUUCCUCCUCCUCAGGAGAAUAAAAACUCUCUUGCUGACGUCAGCAAGCAGGCCAAUUUGUCCAUCGUUCCGUCGUCGCCGAUGUUCACUGUACCUCCGGGGCUGAGUCCGAUGGCUCUUCUCGAUUCACCGGGGUUCGGGUUCUUAUCUCCCCAGGGACCCUUGGGAAUGACACACCAGCAGGCGCUAGCUCAGGUUACUGCUCAGGCUGUGCAAGCCCAUUCCAGUAUGCAUAUUCAAGCACAGCAUUCAUCUUCUUUGCCAUCAGCACAGGCAACUUCUUCAACGCAGUUUUCAUCUGUCACAACUAAUUCAACUAGACACCAGCAGAUGUUACCCUCAAUCCCAGGCCCUAGUGCUUCCAUUAAGGAAUCUUCAGACUUCUCUCGUUCUGAUCAAAGAUUUCAAGCUUCUUCCCUUGUUGUUGAUAAACCUACCGAUGAUGGCUACAAUUGGCGAAAAUAUGGACAGAAACAGGUGAAAGGGAGUGAAUUUCCUCGAAGUUAUUAUAAAUGCACACAUCCCAAAUGUCCUGUCAAGAAAAAGGUUGAGCGAUCUCUUGAUGGUCAUGUAACUGAAAUUAUCUACAAGGGGCAGCACAACCAUCAACGUCCCCAACCCAAUAAGCGUGCAAAGGAUGCUGGAAGCUUGAAUGGAAAUUCAAGUAAUCAGAAUAAUUUUGAACUAGCUUCUGAAUUUGGAAAUGUGAACAAAUCUAAAGAUAGGAAGGAUCAGGAAUCAAGCCAGGCUACGCCUGAACUUUUAUCUGGGACAAGCGACAGUGAGGAAGUCGGUGAUGCUGAAACUGGUAUAGAUGAAAAUGAUGAAGAUGAACGUGAUCCCAAGAGAAGAAACACGGAAGUCAAGGUAACAGAACCAACUUCUUCACAUAGGACUGUCACAGAGCCUAGAAUCAUUGUGCAGACUACCAGUGAAGUUGAUCUUUUGGAUGAUGGCUAUAGAUGGCGCAAGUAUGGGCAGAAAGUUGUCAAAGGCAAUCCUUAUCCCAGGAGCUAUUAUAAAUGCACAACCUCAGGCUGCAAAGUCCGUAAACAUGUUGAGAGAGCUGCAACAGACCCAAGAGCAGUUAUAACAACAUAUGAAGGCAAACAUAAUCAUGAUGUUCCUGCUGCUAAAGGGAGCAGCCACGGCACAACCAGUAGUAACCCAACUGAUCUAAAACAACAAAAUGUAGAGAAGCAUGCCUUAGAUAAUAGGAGAGACUUUGGUACUAAUAAUCAACAACCUAUAGCACGGCUGCGGUUAAAAGAAGAGCAGAUAACAUAAUUUCCUUGAGUUAUCAUGAAAAGCAGGAUAACACAGACAUUUACUAUGAAUCAUGAACUUGCUGUAAGAUAAGAGAGAAGUCAAUCUGGGCCUAACUUUCUUGGACCCAGUUAGAAGACACUACUGUUUUAUGUAAACAGGUUAGCGGGUAUAUUUCAUUGGAAUCCUGUUAUGUGCAUUCUUUUGUACAUUAUCUGGAAGUAAUGUUGCUUAUAGUUGUUAACAAAUCACAACUGUUUUAUUUGGAUUAUGCAUUUGAGAAUGCAGAUAUUUUCCUAGUCU